CUGAAAAACGGAGCGCGCGGUGCAGAUAGGAGCGCACUCCACAGGACACACACACACAUACACACAUACGCACACUGACAUCCACAGACAGACGGACACAUAGCCUCCUACAUGAUCCUCCCUGUGUGCAAAAGGAAAUGGAGUUAAAAUAGGCGCAUUUCCUACCUCAUGGACUGAAUGCAUUGCCGACUGUCGCUUUGGAUUUGCAAAACUUCACGCCCAGACACUCAGGAGAGAAAAAUGUGGAGAUACACGAACUUGAUCGCAUGUCUGCUGGUUUUGUGUAAGGAUGCGUCUUCCCACAGCAAGAUCUUUGGGGAGACUGAGCCUGUUCGGAUGACGUCAGAAGGCUCUGAUUGCCGCUGUAAGUGCAUCAUGCGGCCUCUAAGCAAGGACGCCUGCCUGCGUCUGCGGAGCGGCACUGUACGAGUGGAGGACUUCUACACGGUGGAGACGGUCAGCUCCGGAUCCGACUGUAAGUGCUCGUGCACGGCCCCUCCAUCCUCCCUAAACCCUUGUGAGAAUGAGUGGAAGAUGGAGAAGCUGAAGAAACAGGCCCCCGAGUUAUUAAAGCUCCAAUCCAUGGUGGACCUUCUGGAGGGAACACUUUACAGCAUGGAUCUGAUGAAAGUCCACUCCUACAUCAACAAAGUGGUGUCUCAAAUGAACACCCUAGAAGAGACAAUCAAGACAAACCUCACGCGAGACAAUGACUUUGUCCGAGACAGCAUGACGAGCCUCACCAACCAGUUUAAGAGGUAUGAGAACUACUCCAACAUCAUGAUGAGCAUCAAGAAGGAGAUCUCCAGCCUCAGCCUGCAGCUGCUGCAGAAAGACUCCUCGGAGAGCAAAGCACAGAACACUAAUGAUGAGAAAACCAAGGAGGCUGUAAAGGCAGCCAACAAAAAGACCCCUGCUGCCAAACCUUCACCAAAACAGCCCAAAGAAAAGGUCGUAAAGCCCAAGAAAGAGGUCAUUAAACCUGGGAAGCCGGCCAAGCCGGACCCUACGGCCAAAGCCAAGGUGGUUGGCCACCAGCCUGGAGUGAUAAGGGGCAUCACAUACUACAAGGCUGCCAAGACCGACGAGGAUGAGCACAGAGGAGACCAUUCUGCCAAAACGUACACAGUCCAUCACAUCACGGAAAACCAGUCAGAGGAUGGAGGAGCUGAAAUGGUCCUGGAAACCAUAGAGGCCACUGUGGCCAAACCCAUUGCCACCACUACUGUUCCCACCACUACAACUACUACUACUACCACCACCACAACCACUGGCACCACAACUCCCACCACUACUACACCCACUACCCUCACUACACCAAGUACACCAGCAUCGGAAAGACCUGCUCCAACCAUUGUGCUGGUGCUGGACAACUCCAACAACAACAGUCGGCCCACCCUUCACAGAGCAGGGAAGAUCCUAAACUGUGAAGGAACUCUAGCGUCCAUUGACCAGCCAGAGAAGCAGCACAGUUAUGGGCGCAACGAGGGAGCCUGGAUGAAGGAUCCCCUGGCUAAAGACUCCAAGAUCUACGUCACUAACUAUUACUAUGGCAACAACUUGGUGGAGUUCCGCAACCUGGAAAACUUCAAGCAAGGCCGAUGGAGCAACCUCUUUAAAUUGCCUUACAACUGGAUAGGCACAGGCCAUGUGGUUUAUAAUGGAGCCUUCUACUACAACAGAGCCUUCACCAAGAACAUCAUCAAGUAUGAUCUGAGGAUGCGAUAUGUGGCGGCCUGGACACUGCUGCAUGACGUGGUUUACGAAGACACCACCCCCUGGAAAUGGAGGGGCCAUUCGGACAUUGACUUUGCAGUGGACGAAAGCGGCCUGUGGGUGAUCUACCCUUCCAUUGACUAUGACUACAACCAGCAAGAGAUGAUCAUCAUCAGUAAACUGGAUCCUGGGGACCUGUCGUUGAAAAAGGAAACAACCUGGAGGACAGGCCUCAAGCGAAACUCCUACGGAAACUGCUUCAUCAUCUGUGGUGUCUUGUAUGCCGUCAAUGUGUACAACCAAAAGGAAGGUGAGGUGAACUAUGCUUAUGACACCCACACCAACACUGAAGCCAUCCCACGCCUGCCAUUCACCAAUGAGUACUCCUUCACCACCCAGAUUGACUACAACCCCAAAGAGAAGGUUUUGUAUGCCUGGGACAAUGGACAUCAGCUCACAUAUCGGGUAAACUUUGUUGACCAGUGAGCACAGCCAGUUUGUGCUACAGAUCAGCUCAUUGAAGCCUGCCAGUAUGGCACCUAAAUAACAAGAUGCUCAGUAUUUGACAGUGUAGAAGCAGCCAUAUUGGACUCAGGAUGACAGGUAAACCUACACCAGCCUUCCAGAACUAAUGCACACUAUUCACCUGACCUCAAAGUGUACCAAAAAUACAUGUCUCAAAUGUGUACUGGGAUGUGACUGUACAAUAUGUUAAUAGAAUGGAAAACGAACAGUGAAAAUAAUCUCACAGGGAGUUGAAGACUCGUCGGGCAGAUUUUAGAAAAACAAAGAGAUUUCUUUAUAUGUUCAUUGAUGAAAUGUCAGCAGGCUGGCUAACUAGCAGGACAGAUAUCGCUAUAAAUGGUUAGUUUUAAGUUGACAUAGCAUGUGUUACAUCAUGUGUUACGGUAGAUUUUGUGUCCACUUUGCUUUACAGUGGAAUCACUUAACGACCAAUAUACACAGAAGACAUGAUAACAGCGUCAAACAACUCUUUAAAAUUUGAACUUCUACAUGUGUUGUAUUAAAAGAGACAGGGAAAUUUCUAAAACUGCUAAUGAGACAAUAUUUCUUUUUUUGGAUUGUUACCAAGACGCAAAUUGAAGAAGUAAAAUAGUCAAGAGUCAUUGAGACUAUCGUCCUGUGGAAAGAGAAAAGAAGAGAUUUCAGUCAGAGACACUUAAGAAUGUCGAGAAAUUGACCAUACAGUAUGUGCCAUUGGGCUGGUUAUGACAGAAAAGGCUCUGCUCUUUGAAGGAACUCUUAAAGCAUCAAAGCAGCAAUUAGGACAAUACUGGGAUAACUAAUCUCCCCUGACAUACCCGUACAUACAUGAUUUUAAUUCUCAGUGAAGUCAUUGAAACGCCACAUAACAUAUUAAAUUAAGUUAACUGUUGUGAGCUAUUUAAACAAGCUGGAUACAUGGUUAAACAUAAGCUCUUACCAGUGGAUCGCCGUGUGUGCUUCGUCCAUAGCAAUCCCACCGAUUGGUCUUUAAGCAUCCCAGACAGAGAGUAAAUGCUGUAAACAUUUUCUUUGUAAAUCUUUACAAUCAUUCCCUGAAAGAACCAAGCAUGCAUACCUUAUUGCACUAUCCAUACUAGCUUGUUUGUUGUUGUUUCCCGAAACAAACUGAGUUUGAGAACUGCAGCACACACAGAGAGUGGAGGGGGAUUGACAUCCGGCGCAGGAGCCAUGAUGUCAGGCAGUUAUUCUGGAGAAGUACUUUCAUAAACCAAACUAACCAGUAGCAAACCGCCUUGACAGUGCUGACUGUUGAGGAAAGGAAAGUCCAAAAUGUAGGUAUCUAACGUAUUAUCAACUUUUUAUUUCCCUCCUGUGCCGGAGUAUAAACUGCUCCCUGAAACAGACAGUUAUGAGACAAGAGUAUAAGUACAUCUCUUGAAUAAACUGUGAGAAUGUGCUUUUAUGACCAUAAUAUAAACAAGUUAAACAGCAAAUAGGCAGACACAGUCCUGUGAAAAGUCACUAUUUCAGCAAGCCUCUAGCUCUGACAAUUUAAUGAGGAACUUCCCUUCCCAGGUAUUGAAGGAAAAGCAGUGUAAGCCAUUUGCAUUUACCUUCAGUAUUCAGCCAUGUUUGCUGUCACUAAGUUUGAUCUCUUCAGUUUUAAGAUAGUAUAACCUAACUAGCUAUAAGUAGCUAACCUUGUACCUAACGUAGCAUGGCUAGAUUUAGCAACCAUGAUCAUACUUCCUAAUUUUAGAUACCCCGUGUUUUAUGGCUUCAAAUAUUUCUUAACAGCAAGUGUUACUUGGCUCCAACCCCCAUCAUUUAACACAAUAAAUGAGAUUAUUUCUGCCUCCAGAGUCGUUCUCCUUCUGGGAAUGUUUGUAUAACUAUACUAUCAACUGUCAAUCAAUUUGCCUAUCUACUCCAUCCUUUCACCAAGCACUUUGAUCAUUGAUUAUUAUUCCGGCCUCAUGAUGCUUCCUGUCUUUUUACCAUUGAUGUUGUUUUGAGGGAUGUGUUGAAUAUAUUAUGAACCCCAAAAACAAAACAAAACAAGGUACACAAUUUACAAAAAGCUUAAGAUUUAGAAAAGUAUUUACAUGAAUUCAUUUGACAAUAUAAUACCACGUUUUUUCGAAUUUUCAUGCAUCUUGUUGAAUUUCUAAUUUGUUGUAUUCAAAUAUGCAGCUUUCACCAUUAAUAGCAGUUGCCUAACCACUACUUUUGUUGUACAUUUGUCGUUAGGGAGUAUUUGAACAUUAUCACCUGAAUGGACAAUAACACCCGUGAUCAGUCAUGUUUUUACAAAAGGUGUACUGUACCAUUACCUGUGCCAUCUUCAAUAAUGAACACCAUAAACCAUGAAUGUUUUUUAUUUGUGAUAUAGCAGACAGUUCUAUGUGACCACAUAAUGAAGAGGUGAAGGGGCUUUAAAACCCAUGAGGUAACUCUUACCAAAUUGUUGUUUUGGUCUUGUACACUAUUAACACUUAGCUUGUUCUUUAAUUAUCCGGAGUGUUUUGUUAAGUUUAUUCAUGAAAAGGCAUGCUGAUUGCAAUAAAGUAAUUUGUUCAAUUG